GGAUUUUAAACUGCUUCCAACUGCUAGAAAUGCAAUUCGACGCAGCAACACAAUGUUUAACAAUGGCCGAUUCUUACGAUUUUAAAGUCUGAAUGUUAACUUGCUAAGGUGCAAAUUUAGAAUUGAGAACUGUAAAAAGUUGUCACAGUUUUCAAGCAUAGAAAGAUUACAUACAGGACAAUGUGGUCAUGGCCUCAGAGUCAUAAAAGUAAUGUUGGGGCAACUCAAUUUAAUAUUAGAGGAGAUGGAUGUGCCAAGAGCUCAUUUAAAAUAGAAAGUCAACAGUUGUGCCUGGCAGAACAUGCUCCAGCUGCUGAGCAGUUGAAGGUCAAAGGUGAACUGACCUUAUCAACUGAAUGCACUUGCCACAAAUCUUUUGUAGGCUUGAACUCAGUCAAUGGAGAACUACGUCUGGCAGAAAGGUUGAGGAACUUAGAAACAUCUGCUGGUAACUUGGAAACUGAUAACACAAGUCUCCUACCAGAUGAGGAAGAUGGAGAAGACAAUGUUCUGGAUUUAAACAGUUUGCUUUCAACUUUGCAAAAAUGUUCCAAUAAUCAACUGAGUUUGUACCAAAUAACCAGCAUUGCCAGAUUGGCAAGAAGCUAUAGAGGAAUAGAUUCAUUAACCAAAGAUCAAGCAUCAAAUCUUCAAGCUUUAUUAGGAUGUGACAGUUCUCCAGUUCAAGCUGCAGCACUUAUAAUUCUGAGUAAAUUAGUGGUCUUACCACAGACACUUGAAUUUCUAUUUAAGCAGUCUUGCUCUGUAUUGGACUGCCUCCUCAACCUUGCAUCUGAUCCCAAGUCUAACGAGGUGCAAGUGUUGGCUUUAAAAUGUAUUGCCCAGAUCAGCAAGCAUCUCAAGUUGAUGAUGUUCUGGGAGCAACAACUAGAAGACAUUGUUUACCCUUUGGUUCUUAGCCUUAUAAAGGGCAGCAACUCUUCAGAAAGUUUGAAACUUACUUGCCUUGAAAUAUUACAAAAUAUUUCACAGCUUCCUGAAUUUUAUGCUAGAAUCAAACAAGAUGUGCUGUCUUUACUUAAUCAAAACCAAAAGUAUGAUCAUAUACAGGGAGUAUUCAUUGAAAUACUACUUAAGAUUUUAGAAACUUUCAAACAAAAAAUUUCUACAGAUGUAUUAGAGACUUGUUUGAUGUCUAUUCUCACAGACAUGAUGACUUAUCAAAAAUGUCAAAGCCAGUGUCAAGCUUUAAAGUUACUGACAUAUCUUGCUGGUGAUGAUGUUACUAGAAGUGUUCUGCUCAACCAUCCUCAAACUAUUGCUGUAUGCAUCUGCUUGAAUAAACAGUCACAGUGCAGGAAAGUGAUAGCUGGUACCUGCUGCUUAAUUGAAGAAUUACUGAACACUAAAAAUAGUUCCAAUGCAAAGCAGUUUAUGAUCUGUGUAUCAGAAUCAUUUACCAUGGAUACCAACUAUGAACAACUGAAUGUAAAUAGAAACAGAGAUGUUCAAUUGAGUUUUUCUGGGCCUAAGAGAUUACGUUGCUCAGACUGUCAGUUGUGGAAACAUUUAGAUGACUUGGUUGAUCAUUUGGUUUUUCUAGUGGAAAAAUUUGGUUUUCUAGAAAGACAUGAACAAUUGACAUGUGAGCUUAGUAAAUUUGGAAACAUCAAUUGUGAUCAGCUGACUAUAAUUGCUGCACUGAUUGGCUGUUUUAAUCAAUUGUGCGUCUGGCCACUAAAUCGUCCAAAGAGUCAACAGAACCAAAGCUUUGUAUAUAUUAAUGAUGAAAUUAUUUUAAAAGAAGAUAUGAGACACCAACUGAAGCAUUUAAGUCAUAAGCAUGUCUUCUUUGUUUGGGAGAAAGUUGGUCCUCAAGUCAUGGCUCUCUUCAAACACUUUGCUAGCAGAUGUAACUUGUGGAGUACUAAAAGCCAAGAUCAGUUACCAGCACAUUCAACAAACACAACUGAUCUAAACAGUUCCAGUGCUGUGCCAGUUGGUACUCAGGAAACAAAUGUUGUUAAAUUGUUGCUCAAUUUUAUCCUCUUUGUGACAGUGACAUCUGGUUAUUUGCCAUCAACUGAACAGCCAGAGAAACAAGCAUUCUCCAGCCAAACAGAAUUGAAAGGAAAAAAGAAACUGCAAGAAAAACUGACACAAAAAGAAAUGUUAGCAGAAAAGAAACUAUUAAGAAGACAAUUAAUAGAAGAAGGAUUGUUUUAUGUAAUGAGCCAAACUCUUCUGGUGGAUGAUAUCCAUUUUAAGAUAAUGAGCACAACAAUUAUAAGACUGUGUUUGCAAGCAAGUGAUGACAAAUCUAGAACUAGCCCAACCAAACAUAGACAAAGAGCUAUCUCAGCUGAUGUCCAGCGACCUAAAUCUGCAAUAUUGAAUACCCGGACUGACUACAACACAGACCUAAAACCAUUGGCAACUGAUAUGUUGAAUAUAAAACAAAGGCCCCACAGUUCUUAUGUUGUCCAGAGUAAAGGAAGAGUUGCUUCUAGUGAUUAUAUGAAAAGAGAGACAACUGUGUUGGACAGUAAAAAGUAUAGCUUAUUCUCUCCCUUGACUCCCAGAACUGAGAAAAAGCCUAUUCAUCAGAAGAUUACUGUUUCUCAGGCUAGAGGAAUUGUUUCAGAAACUACUGAUGAACUUACUGGACGUAUCAGUAGCUUUACAUUUGGACAGCAGAACAGCAAACUUAGUGGAAUUAGAGACUUUGAUAAAGAUGCUCUGGCAUAUCUGACAUCCCCUCUAGAAGCAGGAAGUGACAUCAUACCUCAGUGUUGUGAAAGGAUUCUCAGAUCUUCUGCUGCUGAUGUUUUGAAAGGAAUAUUUAGUUUAGAUCCAGAGUUUAAACAAAUUAGUUUAUUUUUGCUGAUGGAUCUUGUGAAAAAUGGGCAGAAUUAUCUUCAUAUGGAGUUGUCCAAACUUGGUUGUAUUCCAAAACUGGUCAGAUUUUUAAGAAUAAAUGAGAAUGACCGUUUACUAGAGAUCACAGGUCUGUCUAUAACUCAACUGCUAUUGGCCAGUGACAGGCGGAUCUGCCAACUGUUCAAUUUUCAUGGUGGGUCGCACCUGUUGAUGGCAUUGUUGCAAAGCAAACCUCCAGAAGAUGUUAAAGAUGCUAUUGUCAGUACAUUAAAUACUCUGAACUACAUGGUACACACUAACCAGUCUAGUGAUAAGUCUCAUGGACCAGUUGAUAUUUGGGGACAUAUUAUGCAGCGCUGGAAGGAAGAGGACAAGGUUGUCGAUGUUCUCAAACAGUUUCUAUGAUCAAGUAAUCUAACAAGACCACAACAGUAUUUGGUUCUAACAAGUUUUAUAUUAAGUUCCUUUCUCCAUCUAAGUCUUGGAAUAGUAAUGUAAAUUAAGUUUUUUUUAAAACUGUACUGCAAGCAUUUGUUACACAUUUUUUUAUUCAAAUAUGUUUUUGUGAAAUUAAUUUUUUAAUUAGUCAUUUUUAGCGGCAUCGAAAGGGGAAAAGACGCUAUUAGUUUUGUGCGAAAUGUCUGUCGUCCAUCCCGUUUAGAUCUCGUAAACUAGAAAAGAUAUUGAAAAUCCGACAUCACAAUAUUUUUAGACCAUUCAAAGUUCUGAUGCAACGGCUACUUUUUUUUUUCUGAAAGCGAAAAAUCUAAUUUUUAAAAUCAGUUAUGCAAGCAGUUUUUUAAAGAGAAAAAGCUAAUUAGUAUGCAUUACAAGUUAGACCUAAUUUAAAAAGAAUAGUAAUCUUGAAAACUUCAUUUUUCUGAACUUUUUUUUUAUUGCAGAAAUUUUUUUUUUUUUUUUUUUGAGGAUUCGAAUAAGAGAUUGAGUCUUUUCAAAACAAUUAGAUCAAUUAUAAGACAUCAGUUAGGCCAGGGGAGGCACGGUGGCUGAGCGGUAAAGCACUUGGCUUCCGAACCGGGGGUACCGGGUUAGAAUCCUGGUGAAGACUGGGACGGCGGUUGGUCGUUGUGCUGGCUACAUGACACCCUCGUUAACCGUAGGCCACAAAAACAGAUGAACUUAACAUCAUCUGCCCUAUAGACCACAAGGUCUGAAAGGGGAACUAGUUAGGCCAGGUUCACAUCUAACUUUGCAUUCACUUUCACCUAUCCUUUGAUCUGCGGGACCGUUGGGGCAAUACACAAGAUCUGUUAACCUUCUUUUUCCAUUCUUAUCUCUCAUUUGUCUUUGAUAUAAUUUCAUUCGGAUGUUCUUUCUGAAAAUAUUGAAACCUGCCUGGGUGGACCACUUCGGGGGCCGAUUUUGAGUUUGUGUUUCCACACAAACUGUCUUUUGUAACCUUGUUAAUGUAAAAUUACAUUGUCAAAAACAAUGAAACAAAAUGGUAAAUUUCAUUUUCACAACAAUUAUGGUUUACUUUCUCUAAAACUUGUUAAAAUUAUACUCUAAAAAAAAUAUGUACAAAUGAGACAAAUAAGCAAACAAAAUAUGUUUUAAACUAGGUCUAUAGUUCUUAAUGUUUUUAAAUAUAAUAAAGCUUGUUAAAUUUAGUUUUUUAUAUUUAAUUGUAAAAUACAUGAUUUUCAAGUGUUUUUUUUUAUGUCAGUGCAUUCUAUUUUUUUUUCAUUUCUUUUUAUUGGCAGUUUCUAAAUUGUAAAUAUAAUUGAAUUAGAAGGUUUAUUUUAAUGUAAUUUUUUUGUUAAUUCAUUUAAUACUUUUAAAAUAUAUUUUUCACAUAACUAAAGCACUGCUUUAUGUUAAUUAAAUAAAUAUUUAACAAUUGUUAAUUAAAGUCAAUAUUUCGGUAAUUGGGACAAUUUUAGUAGCUUAUUUGGUUUGAGUGAGUUAAAUAGUAUCUUUGCCUUUUAUUUCAAUAUUUUUGGGUAACUUUUAUUUUUCAAAUUGUUUAUUCUGCCAUAAAUUAUUUUUAUAAUAUUGAUUAAAGAUCAUUGGGCUAUCUAAAUGGCAUCUUCAGUGGCCACAAAGAAAAAAACAAAUGAACCUUAAAUCAUUCAUCCCUUGAAGUGCUAGGUAUGGAAGGGGACUUUACUUUUGUCAACACUAUGUUAUUAUAUUACAUACUUGAUACGAUCUUUGAAUUGAUUGAUUUUUCUUGUGGUGUCAUUGCAAGACACUGUGCUGUGUAGCAGUAGUGCCUUGUAGCUCCCAUACAGGUCCAGUGUCACUGCUGAUACAUUUCCCUGCUCAGCAUUUUGAUGGGAUCAAUUCAAUUAACUGCUUAGAGAAAUUAUUUUUAUUUGAAUACAAAUUAAAAUGUAAGACAUAUAAUAUAUAUACUUUAUAUAACAUACUUUAAUUAAUGAAAUAAUUUGGUUACUGUUUUUAUUGGACUUUUGUUGUUGUUUUUUUAAAUUUACCUUCACAUCUUUGAUACAGAUUCUUCUUUUUAAAAAUAUAUUUCUAUCUAUUGUGAAUAUUGGUCUAUCAUUCUUUAAUUUCAUAUUUGUUUAAAAACAGUUUUUCUUUGUUUAACAGAGAAAUUAAAGACAUAUACAAAGAGUGUUCAUUCUGUUUCGAUGCAAGAAACAUUAACUCUGUACUGUUAGUUUCAGACGACACUGAGGAUCUUACAAAGUUCUAUUAGGUAAGAGGUUGAAGCAUGGGCUGUGCAACUAGACAAAUCCAGAAGUGAAAAGUGAAUAGCACUACUCUUAUGUUUAUUCACUAAUACACAUGCAUUCUCUUUUCAUGUGCCAUAGAAUGAAUUACAUGAACUAGCUAGAGAAAUAAAUGAAUCAAUAUAAGUUAGAUUAACAAGACUGACUAGACUUUACAUUAAAAUUAUAGAAUGUGGUAAAUCUCUUUCUUUCAGAAAGGUUUAUGAAAGAUUUGUUUCUAGGCUACAUGAGGGUGGAGGUUGUAACUGAUUAAUGCUAUUUACUAAGUUAUUUCCCCUGGAUCCUCAUUCCUUCAGUACUAGACAAGUCUUGUUCACUAGAUCCUCCUGUUUCUGGGGUCACAGAUGUAAAAAAAAAUAAAUGUCCUAGACAUGUAAACCAUGAAAUGUGUCUAGCAGUUUUAGUAUUUAUUGCUUUCAACCUUGAACUAGACAAGAAUGUAAGACCUUGUCUUGUGACAUGUCAUUUGUGUCUGACGUUGUGUUCCUGUCUCUAUGAGAGUCAGUGCAACAUUUCUGAAGAUAGGUUUCAAAUCAGUCUUUAUCAUGAACUGAAAGAUCUAGACAUUAUAUUUCAAAUGUAUAAAAAGCUCAAUAGCAUCUUUUUUUUAAUGCUGAAAGAUGUACCAGUAUACAGGAUUUUUGAAACAUAUUAUUAGCAUAUGUUUAAUAAACAUGAUUAUAACUGAAAUAUGUAGACCUAUUUCAAAUGCAUUAAAUGUUUAAAAUCAUUUUUGUUUUCUUAUCCUGAAAGGUCUGGACAGGAUAUAUGAAUCAGAUUUAAAAUGUAUUAUAGAUAAUUUGUCUGGUUUACUACUAAGUAAUUCUAUUGUCAAGAAUAAUGGUCAAUGCUUUAUAAAUUUGCUUAAAAGGAUUCAUGCAAAUCUUAAAAAUUAAAAUGAAUGUGUACUACUGUUCUAGUUGUUGAAAUACUUUGCAUCUUGAGAGAGAGAGAGAGAGAAAGUAAUAGAUAUAUUUAAUAAUCUAUAAUAUUUACCUUAUCAUUGCUUUUAUAACACUUUCUUUUAUCUUUGUUUCUAAAUAUUAUUAAUAAUAUACACAAUGAUUUCUUUGAAGUUAAUUCAAUUAUUUUAUUGAUAUGUAAAUAUUGUCAACAAGAAAUAUUGGUGACAACAUUUUUGUGACUCAUUUUCAAAAUAAGAUGUGACCUCCUGUUGAACUGUCCACUAGAUUUAGAUUAUCAUCUACUAGUCUUGUCAAGGCCAUGGCUACAUCACUGUGAUAAUAAAGUAUUCACUUGUA